AUGUCAUUUUCUGAGAGCUUUUGGACCCAUGACUAUAAGCUGGGAGUGAGGGUUCUCUUUGACAAGUUACAACAAGGAAUUCAGGAAAACGAUGACUUUAUUCAGAUGUUCAAUAAGAGAGUAGACCUGGAGUACCUGUAUGGAAUGCAGCUAAUGUCUAUAGAAGAGCAAAUGAUUAAGAACAAUAAGAGAUAUCAGAGUGAUAAUGACUAUGUAUCCACUGUUAGAAAUGGGUUCAAACAGUUAAAUGAGAACUUCUCAACCCAAGGUAGCAUUCACUUACAAAUAGGGCUGGAUCUCAAGGAAUUUAUAGUUGAGCCAUUCAGUAACUGGUGUGAAGAACAUUCUAAAAGAGUCAAGUUCUCGGAGACGUCUGUAAUGACCAACUACCAACUGUUUCACUCGGGGAAACUGAAUCUUGAAAAAAUAAGGAAAAGGUAUUUCAAUAAGUGUCGUCUCUUGGAAGAAUUCAAAGCACAUUAUUCCGAAGAAGAGUUGCAUGCUGAGGAGCUAGAAGAAGAUAUUGAUAACCUGGAGCUAUCCACAGAAGAAUUUACCAUUAACGGUAAAGUGUAUGAUUACAAGACCAUCAAGAACUUGCUUACCAAAAUAUUAACCUCUAUAGAAUUGGUUUCUCACAAGGUACCAAUACUAGGUACCUAUUCAAAUUGCUCUUCCGGAUCUACUAUAACACAGUGGCUUUUGGACAACAUGCCAGACCUACACAAUAACUUGAAAUCAGCGGAAGACUUUUGCCAAGGUCUAAUUGAUAAUGGAUUUAUCAAAAUGAUUGGAUCUAUGAAUAAUAAGAGCUUCAUAAACAGCUCCAAGUACUUUUACCAAUGGAAACCUAUAGUAUUCGAAAUCACCAAACUAAACUAUGAAUUGAACUUUCAGUUAGCGGACUAUUUUGAAGACGUAAAACAAGUGAUUGGAGUUAACUCGGUAAAUUUCAACGAUAAAUCUCAAUUAGGUAAAUUAGCACAAGAAAUCAAUCAGCUAGAUAACCAAUAUUAUUUGAAGACGAUUGAAUUGGACAAAACUAGAUGUGAAUUGGAGGAAAGUAUAUUUGAUCAUUUGACUUUCAUGGAGAAAUGUGAGUUAGAUAGGUUGAAAGCGAUUAAAAAGGUUAUAUAUGAUUAUGUUACCUUUUACUUCAAAAACUUCAAUCAAGUUAAUAAUACGCUUAAUAAUCUAUCCGUUCUAGAAGAAACUAUAAAUCCCAUUAAUGAUUUAAAAUUUUUAGUUGAAAACUAUCAAACUGGAAAAUUUAAUCCACAGGUAAUACUUUAUGAUAAUUAUUAUAAAUCAAAUAUUAACCAAAACUUUGGUAUUGAUUUAAACUCCAAAUCAAGACUAGACAAAAAAGUUAUACCGCUUCUCAUCCAAUGUCUUUUGCUGAAACUUGAUGAGUCUUAUCCCAAUUUGGAUGAUGAUAAAGAAAGAGUUGAUUUGUGGGUAAAGCCGGUAAAUUUGACGAAGAUCCACGAAAUUAGGCAUAAAGUAAAUAAUAUUAAUGAUCCCAAAAAGUUAGAAGAAGCACUUGAAGGAGCAGAGCCCAUUUUACUUUCUAAUUUAUUGAAACUUUAUUUGAUGGAGCUUCCCGAUUCUGUCAUAUCAAGCAAUCUCUUUGAUCUCAUCAAGUCAUUGUAUCAGCUAAAUGCAGAUGACUCCAAGUCAAGGCUAAAAGGUUUAAAGAAUGUCUUGGCUAAUUUGCCCAAGCCCAGUCUUGCGACUUUGGAUGCUAUAUUGACUCAUCUUUUAAGGUUAGUUAAAAUAAUCAGUCAAAAGAAUGAGUCUUUGGCAAUCGACUUCAAAACGAAAUUAGCGUCGGAAUUUGGCUUAUUGAUAUUAAGACCUAAAGAUUCUACGGAAAAUGAGAAUGAUAGCAACGUUCUUAAUAAUUACGACCUUAAGUUGGUCAAGAAGCUUCAAACUCGUCUCAUCAAUGAUUUGCUUGACAACAAAGAAAUAAUAUUUGAAGAAUUGAGAAGGAAUAACUCUAGGGACCAUCAUCAUAGCAGAGUAGACAAUGAGGAUAAUACGAAGGAAGAGAGAACUGAUUCUAAAGAUAAGAAGUCAUCGAAAAAAGCUAGUUCAUUACGCCUGAGUAGUAGCAGCCCUCAGCGUGAACCGUCUACUCCAAAGAGUUCGUCUUCCACCAGUUCAUUGAAAAGAUCAACAUCCCCGAGCAAAAAGAAACUUAACACAAUACUAGAUCCCAAUAAAGUUAGGUCAAGUAAAGGAUCACUGCAUCCAAAGCUCAAAAAUACGGACAACAACAACGAAAUAAGUGAAGAUUCAGACCUGAAAUCGGUACUGUCAAAGUUAGACACUCGAAGUGCGAGUGAGAAAGGGAGCCUGAAGGAUAAGGAAAAUAUUAUUUUGGUUGACUAG